UGACGCUUGCUGUUUUUGGCCAUCCCCCUGUAAUGUGGCCCUGUGGGUGCUCACUCGUUCAAAUAUUCCAUGGCAUGUGGCUUCUCUGUGUCCUUGUACUUUCUUCGGCAAAAAGCUUAUCAAAUCUAGAAAAGGGUAAGUUUACAAAGUUUGUGGCAUCGUAUCCUUGUACUUUGCUCUCCACACUGCUUUCAAAGGCGCAGCUUAGAGAUUAAAAGAAAUGGAGCGACCCUCCACUGUAACUUGCACGCCAUUAUUGUCUCCCCAGACUCUCUUUCGAUUUUGAAAUGCAAACGGAGGUACCGGUGUUUUCGUUCAUUUCCGCGGUAUUUGUUCUCUUUCCACUCCCUUGGUAUUUUCGCGCUCGCAACAUCGCUGCGAUGUCUAUUGGAAUAUGGCUUUUUGUUGUGAACAUGGUCAAUGCUAUAGAUGCCCUCCAGUGGUCCGGGGCCCACCAAGUCCCAUCCUUACUCUGGUGCGACAUCACUUCAGCACUAACAACAGCCGUAAAUGUAUCGAUACCCGCAGCAUGCCUCUGUAUUUGCAUUCAGCUGGAACGGAUGGCGUCUUUCUCCCAAACGUCCACCUCUCUAGCAAAACGACGCCGUAUCUUACUUGAAUGUUUAAUGUGUUUCGGUGUUCCAGUAAUAUAUGCAGCAUUGCAUCUAAUUGUUCAACCUCGACGCUUUGAUGUGUAUGCAGAUUUUGGAUGCCGCACGACGAUAUAUCCCACUACGGUGGCUUUGUUCCUGGUCUGGAUACCGCCACUUACACUUUCUCUUCUUACGCUCAUUUUUUGCGGUAUUACUUGGCGUCACUUUCUUCUUCACGGUGUCCAAUUUUCGAGGACACGUGCGUCUUCUUCGAUUACCUCCGGGGCCUACAUACGGCUCGUCAGUAUGGCUGUUUCGGAAGUCAUUUGCACCAUUGCCGCGACUGUAGUGGCCAUGGUAUUCAAUCUAGGCUCAGGACUGGCUCCAUGGGCAGACUUUACUCAAGAUUUGACUGAGGUCUUGUCGUUCAGCUCUGCUGCGACACCUAAGUCAACUACUGCGAUGCUCGUCACUGAGUGGGCCGUCGUGGUUGCGCAAUCCUUCUUUUUCGUCGGAUUGUUUGUGCUUGGAGAGGAGGGGCGCAGUCGAUUGCGAGAGGCUCUGCAGAUUGUGCGGGUUCUCACUUUCUGCGAGAGACGAUCAACCUGUAUUGCCGAGUUCAAAUGUGCAUCUAUUAGAGAAUGCGACUUGACACCAGUUUCGUCUCUGACCGUCCCUGAGUUCAAGAGUGCCUGCUCUGAAUCUAGUACAGAGUGCACUUAUCAUGGUCAUUCAUUGGAGAAACCUCUUCCGCAUUCACCAGCUCCAUCGCGACCUCCAUCACUCGAUCUUACGCGUGCAAAGCAAUUGGAAGAAAGUCCUGACUUUCUUGAUCCUGCCCUCCUCCCCCUGGAAUCACCCUCUGUCUACUCUACCAUCGCGUCUUCACAUAAUUCUCUCCAGUCGAAUUUUGACCCGCAACAGCUUGUUUUACUUUCAGCGCAGUGGCCUGAACCCCCAUCAACAGUCAUUGUUCGACCACGCUCGAGGUCUUCAAGUAUGAAAUUCUUGCAUACAGAAGGUUUACCAUUCUAUGGGUCCGCAGUGCCACGCAAUAGUAAUAACCCGAGGAAUUCACGGAAUCGUGAUGCUGUCUAUAUGACGGUGGUUAAGGAGAUCCACGGAGUAUUUUAGGCUCUGCCAGCGUUUUUUUUUUUUUUUUCAUUUU